AUGGUGUUCCGGAGAAGCACUUUCGCCCCUGCUCUCGUUUGGGUUUUCUUUGAAGAACAAUAUAUCAGAAACAAAUAUGGCAGGACAAUACUCAACACCUUCAGAAGAACCGAGAAGCUUUCCUACCGCUUGAAAAAGCUACAGAAAGAUAUCCGCUUCCUCAACCUUUGUAAAAAUUAUGAUGUAAUUCCUAAAUUCGUCAAUUUCCGUGUUCAUAACCCCUUGUUUACACAGACCCAGACUUAUCGUUCUUGGUGUCGUGUACUUCUGAACCGGGAAAUAUCCUUGCAAACAAAAAAAGAAACUGUAACAACUAAAAAACUUAAUACCCAUGUAUCUCUGUUGAAAACUACACUAUCACCUCUGGACUUCAUUUGUAUUUCAAGAUUAAUCAAAAGUAAUGUAGACAAUAAACUACAAAAAGUUGAUACCAUCCAUAAUAAAAAACUUUUGAAUCUAGGUAUUGAUGUUAAAAAGAAAGUGAAUAAGGAUAAAGUUAUUUUCAAUUUCUCCGACAUAAUUCUCACUGAGGAACAGAAAAAUGUACUAUCUCUGGGCCUAGAUUACUGUUUGCCCCCUACCAAAAUAACCUUUCACAAAUUUUAUAUGUACUUUGAAAAAUUGUGUUAUAAUCUCAAAACCUGUAAUAUCUAUAAAAACAAGUUUAGCAAUGUUACCAACAAUAUUACCACGAUAGCCAACACCACUUUCACUAAAUUCACACGUCAGAUUAAACAGGCACGUGAUUCAGAAACACUCAUGUCCCCUCUACAGUCACUUAAGAAUGACAAGACAAUACUAAUUACCAAACCAGACAAAGGACGGGGCAUUGUCAUUUUAAACAAGUGUGACUACAAACAAAAGAUCUUAAACAUUCUUAGUGACCAAUCAAAAUUUAAACGAAUCACUACUGAGGUAUCAAUUCACCUAUUAUACCUAGAAGAUAAGUUAAAAAGACUUCUGCGCACCAUCAAAACAUCCAUUAACGAAAAUACUUACAAUUUUCUUAUGACUUCUGGCUCCAGACCUGGCCUACUCUACGGACUUCCCAAAGUCCAUAAACCUAACAUUCCCCUAAGACCCAUUAUUUCUUCAAUUGGUACUUUCAACUAUAAUACAGCAAAAUUUCUGGUUCCUAUCAUAUCCCCGCUCACCACCAAUCAGUACACGAUCGAAAAUUCUACCACCUUUGUAAACGAAAUCACAUCCCUUAAACUUCAACAACCCAUUACCAUGAGACGGGUAUUCUUAAGAAAUAAUAAAGAAGAAAACAAUCAAGACGAGACACCAGCUAGUAGAAUGCUUCCCUUCUAA